AUGCUCACUCGGAAGCUCGCCAUGAUUGACAUCAUAGGCAGCACUGGUUGCCAAUCGAACGCACAUGUUGAUACAUCCUCUUUAAACAGCGAAGACUCUUUGCGGCAGACAUCCAGCAGCCAGCGCUAUUGCAAUACAGUUGAUAAUAGUACAGUGAGCACCGAUGCUACUAGAGUCGCGGGCAGCCACAGCUUAUCAAGCGGGGACGCGGCAAACAGGCUGGGCUCUAGCACUUCCCGCAGCGCGCAGCAGCACGCCACCGCUCCCAAUCGCCCGGGUAACUACGCGGGCGGCAGGGAUGGCAGCGACGAUGGCGAUGGCGAUGGCGAUGACAAUGCAAGUGCUAGCACGGGAGGCAAUGACAGGAGCAACAGCAGCAGCCGCCACUGGAGCCUGUCAGACUUUGAUAUUGGCCGCAUCCUAGGCAAGGGAAAGUUUGGGCGCGCGUACCUUGCUCGUGAGAAGAACACUGGCUUUAUAUGCGCCCUCAAAGUGAUGUUUAAGGCUGAGCUCCAGGAGAGCAAGAUUGAGAAACAGCUCAGGCGCGAAGUGGAGAUUCAAACACACCUUCGGCACCCUCACAUCCUCCGCCUUUACGGCUACUUUCACGACGAGAAGCGCGUGUACUUGAUCCUGGAGUAUGCGUCGGAAGGCGAGAUGUACAAGCUUUUGCAAAAGCAAAAGACCUUUUCCGAGCCUGUUGCGGCAAAAUAUAUUGCGCAGAUGGCCAGCGCACUCGAGUAUUUGCACGCCAAGCAUGUCAUCCACCGGGAUAUCAAGCCCGAGAACCUUUUGCUCAAUGCCAACGGUGACCUGAAAAUUGCCGACUUUGGGUGGUCAGUCCACGCGCCAAACUCGCGGAGGCGCACCCUCUGCGGAACGCUGGACUAUCUGCCGCCAGAGAUGGUUGAGGGCCGCGAUCACAACGCAUCGGUGGAUCUGUGGAGCCUCGGCGUGCUCAUGUACGAGUUCCUUGUGGGUGUACCGCCGUUUGAGGACAUCAAUAGCCACAAGGCGACGUAUAGGCGCAUAGCCAAGGUCGAUCUGCAUGUCCCGCCCUACGUUUCCCGGCAUGCGUCCGACCUGAUAACACGCCUACUUCAGUACGACGGCGCCGAUCGCCUGCCGCUCGACGAGGUCCUAAAGCACCCGUGGAUUCUGAAGCAUAUUCCCAACCCGCGAGCGAUCUGA